AUGGCCAUCCCUGCUGAAGAUCCUCAUGACGCCAUCACUACUGUCUCACCCCCGGGCCGUGGCACUGGGAGAGAGAAGGCGGCCGACUUUCUAGCAACCGUCAACGAAGAGCAACGGACCUUCACACCCGAGGAGGAGAAGGCGGUUCUCCGUCGCAUUGACUGUCGGAUCCUUCCUCUUCUGCUCGGGGCGUACUUCUUCCAGCAACUGGACAAGUCAACGCUUUCCUAUGUGUCCAUCUUCGGCCUCGUCGAGGAUGCCCAUCUACACGGCCAGCAAUACUCCUGGCUGGGGUCCAUCCUGUACCUUGCCCAACUGGUCAUCCAACCUCUGGCGGCUCUGCUGCUAGUCAAGGCGCCCACUGGGAAGCUCAUCGGUACGGCUGUGUUUCUGUGGGGGAGCUCGUUGGCUAUCAUGGCAGCGUGCACGAACUUUGCCAGCCUUCUGGGGCUGCGGCUAACCUUGGGGGUGUUCGAGGCCAUGAUCGCACCCUCGUGUGUGGCUGUGACGCAAAUGUGGUGGCGUCGAGGCGAACAGACUUUGCGAACAGCGCUGUGGAGUGGAAUGAAUGGGGUCACCUUUGUGGUCGGAAGCCUCUUCACGUACGGCCUGGGUCACAUCCAUAGUGACACUUUGUUUUCCUAUCAGAUCAUCUUCAUGUUCUGUGGACUCCUCACCGUCGCCUAUUCAACUCUCGUUCUUAUCUUCAUGCCCGACUCCCCCAUGGAGGCCAAAUUCCUGAGUGAGCGCGAGAAGGUGAUCGCUGUGGAACGCCUCCGGGCCAACCAAAUGGGGAUCAUCUCCCGCGAGUGGCGGUGGGACCAUGUCUGGGAGGCAGCAUAUGACCUGAAGACGUGGCUUUGGUUUCUGUUGAUUGUCUCCAUAUCGAUCCCCAGCGGCGGCAUCAGCACGUUCGGCAACCUCAUCAUCGAGUCCUUCGGAUACGGAUCUUUCCAGACCAUUCUCUUCAAUAUCCCCUUUGGCGUUAUCCAGAUAGUCGCCAUUCUGGGUGGAGGCUGGCUGGCUACCCGCUUCCAGCGCAAGGGAUUGGUCAUUGCCGGAUUUGCUGCUAUUUCUGCUGUCGGUACGCUGUUGAUGCUUGUCGUGCCGCGAGAACAGAAAGGCGUUCUUCUAUUCGGGUACUACUUGGUGUCGUGUCUUGCGGCCAUCACCCCGCUGGUCUAUGCGUGGGAGGCGCAGAACACGGCCGGCGACACCAAGCGAAAAUGCACGUCGGCGGUGGUGCUGAUCGGGAUGUGUGCGGGCAACGUUAUUGGUCCUCAACUUUACUCCACCUCGCAGGCACCUCUUUAUCGCCCCGGGCUCAUCUCCAAUCUCAUUCUGUUUAUACUAGUGGGAGUCCUUGGGAUCCUCAUCAACCUAUACCUCAUCUACCUGAAUAGAAAGCAGGCACGGAAGAGAAGAGAGUUGGGCAAGUCCGCGCAAAUUGUGGAUGAGUCCAUGCUCAGGAAAAAGACCGUAGAGCAGGGCAAGGCGCUCGAAGUGGAGGAUGUGAAUGCGCCAGCAGCUGAAGGGGCCGACAAAGGGUUCUCAGACACCACUGAUUUGAAGAACGAGGAUUUCAUUUUUGUAUAUUGAGAUCUCUUUUGGUGGCAUGUUGUCUUACGCCCUACAAGUGUGAUGAUUUGGAGUGGUGGCACCUUUUCAUGCUGGCUUAUGGUGCAUUUGCAACCUAUCUUUCCCACUAGAUUCCCCGAUCUCCGUCAUAUAGUACAACCCUUAUGCUGGCCAUGACACACAUCGUGCACCUUACCAGGUCCCCUACGGGCACCAACCCUAGACCCUCAAGCCGAGCUGCAGCUUCCACUGUUGCAAACCAAGUCAUCGGAGCAGUCGUUGUCCGAGGAGCAGGAAGCACCUACAUGAUCAGCGCAGUCCGUCAGUCAAUCAGGCAUCCACAUACCUUCGCAGUGUCCCUUCCAGGAACAGGUCGGCUGAGCAGCCGCCGAGCCGGAAGCGCAGGUUCCACUCUUGCAGACCAGGGCGUCCGAGCAGUCAUUGUCGGAUGAGCAAGAAGCAC